UUACUCUGACUUUUGGGAACACACUUGAAAUACAGAUAUUGUGUUCUAAGACUGUUUUUCCCAACACAUUCCAGCGACUGCACAUUUUUUGGGAGGGUGAGGAAGGCUCAGAAUUAAAGUGGCAAAAAAUAUGAAAUCUUCUAAAUCAAAUGUGGGUUCUGGUUUAGAGUCAGAUACCCAGUGCAAAAGUGGAACAGGCUGCGUAGUGAAAUGUGGCUCAGAACGAAUGGAGAGUGCUGCCAAAAGGAGACUGGCUGCUAAUGCCAGGGAAAGGAGAAGAAUGCAAGGACUGAACACAGCCUUCGAUCGACUAAGAAAGGUCGUUCCACAGUGGGGUCAAGAUAAAAAACUCUCCAAAUAUGAGACCCUUCAGAUGGCAUUAAGUUACAUUAUGGCUCUAACUAGGAUCCUUGCUGAAGCAGAGAGAUACAGCACUGAAAGAGACUGGAUUAACUUUCACUGUGAACACUUCCAUCAGGAGAGCUACCACACUUAUAUGGGACAGAAAAUGGAAACAGAUAAUGACCCAUAUGCACAAAGAAUCUUCAGUUAUCCACCUGACCAUUUUCAAAUAGCUAAUUAGAACUAAUUAUGGACUAGUAUA